UGCUUGACCCACCUUUUCAGUAUUUAACGAGAGAACCACCAAAAAAUACGACGUGGCUUCCCUUUCAUGGGCUUCUGCCGUAAUUCCCCCCACCCAGUCCGAUGAUACUUUGUGCCUCCAUUGCGUGUGGCCAAGUUGGUGUUUCAGGAAACUACUAAGCAUAUGCUCUGUGGAACGUGUCGUUCGUCUUGCUGAUGGGCCUCCGACGGGCUCGGUGCCGAGAGCCGUAAUGGGAAAGGAGGAACUCCAGAGAUUCGCUGGAAGGAAAGUACUGAUACAGAGACGGCUGCAACAGCCAGAAGCCCAGUGGCAGCUUCGGAUGAAGUUUCUCAAGCAAGCUAAGAGCUACAUUGGAGUGCCUUAUGCCAAGAAAUACCACCAACCUGGCACUCCAGAGUCCAAGUCUCUGCUCUUCCUAGAUUGUUGCGGGCUUAUCCGAAGAGCGGUACGGGACUUAACGGAAGAUUUCGGCUUCUAUAUUGGCUCGGGAAACCAAGCAUACCAGUACGACACCCUUCCUAUUACUCUCCCCAGCGAGGAACACCUGAAGCCCGGAGACCUCGUCUUCAUUUCAGGAACUUACUUUGAUACACAACGGGCACGGCAACCCCACGACAUCGUCCAUGUGGAAAUCUGGCUGGGAGAAGAGAAGCGCAGCCUUGGAGCCAGGUGGAAGGGGGGCAAAGUGCAAGUCUUUGAUUCCUUCAAGUUUGUCUCAAAGACUUAUGGAAGCAUGGAGUACCACUUCAAGUCCAUCGAAACAUGGCUGCAAGGAAUCUGUAUCAGGAAAGCCUUCACCAUUCUAGCAACGGUUCCUAAGCAGCAGUUGCUAGGAGACCAGCCCUUGUUGAUAGCACAGAGGACUUUCUCUGAGCCGGCCAGGGGGAAACUGCCUUCGGAUCCUGGAUGCUCAGAGCUCUGGGGCCAAGCUGCCUGUAUGCGUGACGCGUGUCGAGCAAGCGCAAAGCAAAAAUCAUCCUCCAAGGCGCCGUCCCAGCCUGCUUGCAAAACGGGGAUGCGCGGCUCGCUCUAG